CUGACCUCUUACAGUGUUUUAUUUUUCAGAGUGUGGAGUCCCCUGGCCAGCAAGACCUGAGAAGUCAACAUGGCAAAGAUCUGCACAGACCAGUCCUACCCGGCAACGACCAGGCAACAGCCGCUUCUCAGCACGUCCGAUGAUGACCUGGACUCCAUCGACAACGGAACCUCCAGAGCCAACUCAGAGUGUGAAGACACAUUGUCAGAGGUUCAGGGUGCUGUCUCUGUGUUAACUAGCCGACACACAGAGUCUCACAGAGAUUCCUUUACAGGGUCAGGAGCCCUGGCCAGGCUCUCUCACUUCCUGUUCAUGCUGCGGACCUGGGCCUCUCACAAGAUGCACCACGAGGUGGAGAGACCAGACUCCUUUCUGGAACGCUUCAGGGGCCCUGAGCUCAAAGAGGCCUCCAGCAGAGAGAGCAACGCACAGUCACUGGGAUACCCCGACAGAGUCCGCAAGAGGAAACCUCGUAAGAAAGAGAUUUGGAUCAUGGACCCAUCAGCAGACAGAUACUACAGAUGGCUAACCAUCAUCGCAGCACCAUGCUUCUACAACCUGAUGAUGCUAGUGACCAGGGCAUGUUUUAAUGAACUCCAGAGCACGUACAUAACUCUGUGGAUUGUCCUGGACUACACCUCAGACUUCAUCUACUACACAGACACAUUCGUCAGGGCUAGAACAGGUUUUCUGGAACAGGGACUGCUUGUGAAAGACGACAAGAAGCUUAGAGACAAAUACAAAUCAACGCCACAGUUCAAAUGGGACAUGAUUUCAAUGAUACCCACAGACCUGCUGUUUCUGAAAGUGGGUUUAAACUACCCCGAGCUCCGACUGAACCGACUCGCAAAGAUGAACCGUCUCUUUGAGUUCUUUGACCGCACUGAAACCAGAACCAGCUUCCCCAACGUUUUCCGAAUCAGUAACCUGGUACUUUACAUCCUGAUCAUCAUCCACUGGAACGCCUGCAUCUUCUUCGCCAUCUCCAAGACCAUCGGGUUCGGGUCCGACACCUGGGUGUACCCAAACAUCAGUCAUCCUGAGCACGGCCGCCUUGCCAGGAAGUACAUCUACUGUCUCUAUUGGUCGACCCUGACCCUGACCACCAUCGGAGAAACCCCGCCACCAGUUAGAGACUUUGAGUACCUCUUUGUGGUCGUCGACUUCCUCAUCGGUGUGCUGAUUUUCGCCACCAUCGUUGGUAACGUUGGUGCCAUGAUCUCAAACAUGAACAAAACCCGUGCGGAAUUCCAGGCUAAGAUCGACUCCAUCAAGCAAUACAUGCAGUUCCGUAAGGUCUCCAAGGAUCUGGAGGUCAGGGUCAUCAAGUGGUUCGACUACCUCUGGACGGAGAAGAAGACCUGCGAUGAGAAGGAGGUGCUGAAGAACCUGCCAGACAAGCUGAAGGCCGAGAUCGCCAUCAACGUCCAUCUAGACACCCUGAAGAAGGUGCGUAUCUUCCAGGACUGUGAGGCUGGUCUUCUGAUUGAGUUGGUGCUGAAGCUGCAGCCUCAGGUGUUCUCCCCAGGAGAUUACAUCUGUAAGAAGGGAGACAUCGGCAGAGAGAUGUACAUCAUUAAGGAAGGGAAGCUGGCUGUGGUGGCAGACGACGGGGUGACACAGUUCGUGGUGCUCAGCGAUGGAGCGUACUUCGGAGAGAUCAGUAUCCUGGGCAUCAAGGGUUCCAAGGCUGGCAACAGGAGAACGGCCAACAUCAGGAGCAUAGGUUACUCUGACCUCUUCGCCCUGUCGAAAGACGAUCUCAUGGAGUCCCUCACUGAGUACCCCGAUGCCAAGAAGGCUCUGGAAGAAAAGGGAAAGGCUAUGCUGAUGAAAGACAACAUGAUCGAUGAGGACGUCGCUAACGCGGGUGCCGACCCUAGGGACAUGGAGGAAAAGAUCCAAAGGUUGGAGAGUAAUAUUGAAAUCAUCAAGACUAAGUUGGCCAAGAUCAUGGCUGAGUUCACAUCCAGCCAGAGCAAGAUCAAACAGAGGAUCACCAACAUAGAGUCAACAGUCAAGUCAGUCCGGCCCGAGGAUAUAUCUGAGGUGGUGGCCGAUAACAAGACUCCUUAGUCCCACAAUGCAACGUAUUUACCGAGAGACUUUUUCUAUUGAACCUUUAUAUUGACAGGGAGCCAUUCUGAGAUCAAUGUCUCUUUUAAGAAUGAUGAGCAUGUAAAAAAAUAUACACAUCAAUCAAUACAUGAAAAGCGAAACACAAUUAUAGAAAACAAACACAUUCUCCAGAAAUGCCUUACAGGCUCUCCAAUCAAAACUCUGGGGGAGUUUUGAUUGGCAGUGCCACCUAGCAGACAUUUUUUUUUAUCCUCCAAUCAGAGCGCAGAUAUUGGUCAUGUGAUCAGUCUGCCAUUCUAAACUAUUUUGGAAAACAUGUUGUAAGUUUUUGAGCUGAAGUGAAAGAAAAUUAACUCCUGUUCUGAAGUGAAAUGUUUCCUCACUGCAAUAUUUGAUCAUGAUACGCUAAUACAUGCAUACUGUGUUAAUUUUGUUAUGUUUAACUAACAAAAGUAUCCACGGUGGGAUGCAUGCUAAUCGAUUAGCAAUUCCAUGUAAAGUCAAUGGGACAAACUGGCUAAAUUACCUAGCUACCAAGCCACAUUCUCCACAUUUGGGUUGGCAGAUAGUAGCCCAAUGCUCUAACCAUUAGGCUAACCAUAAGGUUGCUGGAUCGAAUCCCAGA